AUGAAUGCCAUCAACCCAGUACUCUCUUCCAUCUCUUCCUCUACAACUGCCUCCACUCUCAAUUCCACUACCAAACCAAAUGACAAUGUCACUACCAUUUUAAACGACAUGAGCAUCCAGGUUGGAGAAAUUCAUGAUAGAAUCAUUCAACCUCCUUUUAUUAUUAUCCUCAUCGGUCCGCAUUUAGUAAUUACAUGCAAUGGGGUCACUAUAAUCAAACCCACCAGCAUCAUUGAUAUUGAUGGAGUAGGAGAAUCUGAUGAUGUGAGGCUGCAGGUCCAUGCAGCACAUGUUCUAUUAGAAAAUCUGCACCAUAUCUGGGCAGGAUUAUCUUGGGACAGAGCCCAAGGCUACAGUGAGGGAACCUACAUUGCAGAAAUUAUUGCAUGA